AUGCGCGUGCGUGCGCGCGCGCACGCGGACGCGGCGUCGACCGAGGUGAAGCAGUUUUAUUAUUGCGUCGCGAACGCGGAUUUUAUGUUGAACGAUGAGAACAACGAACACUUUCCGGAGAUUUUGCGCGAGCGCAGACGGUUCUUUAAGGAGAAGGGUAAGGAGCAGGAUUUUUGGAUCGUGCCGAACCCGGCGUUUUUGGACGCCAUGCCCGAGGUGAAGAAGAAGAUUCGUCAACCGUGCGUCGCGGUGGUGACGACGGAUAAGGUGUGGAACGAUUUCGUCAAGCUUCGAAUGGAUAGGGUGUACAAGGGCGGCGUCGAGGGCGCGGUGUGCGAUAUUUUGAAGAGCGCCGCGCCCGUCGAAGCCGACGCGUUCGAGGCGCCCAAGACGUGGACCGCCCCGUACGCCAAGUACGCCGGCGGAUGGUGGCACGUGUUCGAACCGAACGGCGACUUCUAA